GCUGAUACUGGGAGAGAGGAGUGGUUAUACUUGGGGGAGAGGAGUGGUUACACUGGGGCUGACACUGGGAGAGAGGAGUGGUGACUCUGGGGCUGACACUGGGAGAGAGGAGUGGUUACACUGGGGCUGACACUGGGAGAGAGGAGUGGUUACACUGGGGCUGAUACUGGGAGAGAGGAGUGGUGACACUGGGAGGUGCACCCAGCAGCCACUACCCUACUCCGGGGAUCUGAGAGACUCAUGGAGCGGCUGCUGCUGGGGAGGCAGCUCGGGCACCGGCUCAUCUGACUUCCAUGUAACUAGUGUGUGUGCGGCUGCAGAGUGCCAGCUGCCUGUGCUGUGUGCCCGCUGUAUGCCAGUGCUCAGGGCGCCUCUGCUUUGUGUGCCCGGCCAGUGUCUGUGCAUGUAGCUUGGCACCCCUGUGUGUAGAGGUGUGUCCCCGUCCCCCCCCCUCAUCCUCAUCAUGCCGGAUCAGAUCAGUGUGUCGGAAUUUAUAUCAGAGACCAAUGAGGAUUACAAGUCACCCACCGCCUCUAACUUCACCACCAGGCUGAGCCAGUGCAGGACCACAGUGGCAGCCAUUGAGGAGGCCCUGGAUGUGGAUCGCACCAUUCUCUACAAGAUGAAGAAAUCCGUAAAAUCCAUCAACACUUCUGGACUGGCUCACGUGGAGAAUGAAGAGCAGUACACCCAAGCACUGGAAAAAUUUGGAGGCAAUUGUGUGUGUAGGGAUGACCCGGAUUUGGGCACAGCCUUCCUGAAAUUUUCGGUCUUCACCAAGGAGCUGGCUGCACUUUUUAAGAACCUGGUCCAGAACAUGAACAACAUUAUAACAUUCCCACUAGACAGUUUACUGAAAGGAGAUCUAAAAGGAGUAAAAGGGGACUUGAAGAAGCCUUUUGAUAAAGCAUGGAAGGACUAUGAAACAAAAGUGACUAAAAUAGAGAAGGAGAAAAAGGAGCACGCCAAGCUGCACGGGAUGAUUCGCACGGAAAUCAGCGGUGCCGAAAUCGCAGAGGAGAUGGAGAAAGAAAGGCGAUUAUUUCAGCUACAGAUGUGCGAGUACCUGCUGAAAGUCAAUGAAAUAAAGAUAAAGAAAGGAGUUGAUCUGCUGCAGAACCUCAUUAAAUACUUCCAUGCACAGUGCAACUUUUUCCAAGACGGACUGAAAGCUGUCGAAAGCCUCAAACCCUCCAUUGAGAAACUAUCGACCGAUUUGCACACGAUCAAACAAGUUCAGGAUGAAGAGAGGAAACAACUGAGCCAGCUUAGAGACAUCUUAAAAACUGCCCUGCAAGUGGAACAGAAGGAGGAUUCCCAGAUCCGCCAGAGCGCUGCGUACAGCUUGCACCAGCCACAGGGAAACAAGGAACAUGGAACGGAGAGGAACGGUUACCUCUACAAAAAGAGUGACGGAAUAAGAAGAGCUUGGCUGAAGAGGAAAUGUUCUGUUAAAAACGGGUUCCUCACCAUCUCCCAUGGCACAGUCAACCUGCCACCUGCUAAACUGAACCUGCUGACUUGCCAGGUGAAGACUAACCCAGAGGAAAAGAAGAAUUUUGAUCUCAUUUCUCAUGACCGGACAUAUCAUUUCCAAGCUGAAGAUGAACAAGAGUGCCAAAUAUGGAUGUCCGUGCUCCAGAACAGCAAAGAAGAAGCCUUAAACAAUGCAUUCAAAGGAGAUCACAGCACAGGAGAGAACAACAUAGUCCAGGAACUGACCAAGGAUAUUAUAUCCGAUAUCCAGAAAAUGCCGGGGAACAAUGUCUGCUGCGACUGUGGAGCAUCAGAGCCUACUUGGCUUUCCACAAACCUGGGUAUAUUGACUUGUAUUGAGUGCUCUGGGAUUCACCGUGAGCUGGGUGUCCAUUACUCCAGGAUACAGUCGCUCACACUGGACGUUCUGGGGACUUCUGAGCUGUUGCUUGCUAAAAAUAUUGGAAAUACAGCAUUUAACGAGAUUAUGGAGGUGUGCUUACCUGCAGACGAUAUUGUGAAACCUGCCCCCAGCAGUGACAUGAACGCCAGGAAAGAUUAUAUUACUGCAAAGUACAUUGAGAGACGGUAUGCAAGGAAGAAAUACACCGACAAUGCAUCUAAACUGCACAGCCUGUGUGACGCCGUGAAGACCAGAGACAUAUUUGCACUGGUACAGCUGUACGCGGAUGGCGUAGACCUCACCGAAACCAUUCCAUUAGCCAAUGGACAUGAACAAGGCGAGACUGCGCUACAUCUAGCCGUCAGAUCAGUGGACCGCACCUCACUGCACAUAGUCGAUUUCCUGGUACAAAACAGUGGUAACUUGGACAAGCAGACAGUGAAAGGCAGCACCGCACUUCAUUAUUGCUGCUUAACCGACAAUGCGGAGUGUCUUAAGCUACUGCUGAGAGGGAAGGCAUCCAUAGACAUAGCCAAUGAAGCAGGAGAAACGCCCCUGGACAUAGCGAAAAGGUUAAAGCACACGCAUUGCGAGGACUUGCUGAUGCAGGCUUUGACCGGGAGAUUUAAUUCUCAUGUCCAUGUGGAAUAUGAAUGGAGGCUGCACCACGUGGACAUGGAUGAAAGUGAUGACGAUGUGGAUGAUAAGCAGCAACCAAGUCCUAAUCGCCGGGAAGACAGGCCCGUCAGCUUUUACCAGCCUGGAGCGAACGCAAUGCAGCCUGGUGUUGCCGCCUUGGCCAGGGACGCGGCUAACAUAGCCAAGGACAAGCAGAGAAGCUUUCUACCAAGUAUCAUUCAGAAUGAAACCUACGGAACAGUACUCAAUAACAGCAAUACACCUGGCACAUCACCCGCACCCCCUUUACCGCCAAGGAACAUUGGCAAAGUUCAGUCGACCAUAUUUGGCAAUAGUAUACACAUCACCCCUUCAAAUACCCCAGCGUGGAAAUCCCAUCCACUGGGACAUGAGAGUGGCAGCAGACAGAGGUCCUCAUCUGACCCACCAGCUAUUCAUCCCCCUGUGCCACCAAUGCGUGUUACAUCUACAGCCACAAACCCCCCUCCACCUCCUGUGGCAAAAACAGCCAGAGUUAUGGAGGCUUUGAGCCAGCAGUCUAAACCAAGCCACCCUCCUCUGGUACCGCAGAACAAACCAGCGCCCCCUCCAGUCCCACCGCAGCCUCCCAGCAGGGUGAUGCAGAAAAAGGUGGCCCAAUGGGUAGAGAAACCAGCUCCAAUGAUAAAGCCACAUCCGGCAGCGUUACAGCCUCCUGCUACUGGAGAUUCGCCAUCUGACUCUGCUUCCCAGCCUGGACCUAAACCUAGUGCCACAGUGCCUCUGCAGCCACCUGCACCAAUGCCGCGGAAGUCCCAGCUGGCAAAGGUAAAGCCGAAAAGGGUGAAAGCAAUAUACAAUUGUUUGGCUGACAACCCAGAUGAGCUAACAUUUGCAGAGGGAGAAAUCAUUGUGGUAGAUGGAGAAGAGGACCAAGAGUGGUGGAUUGGACACGUAGACGGUGAGCCAUCGCGGAGAGGAGCCUUCCCUGUGUCCUUUGUGCACUUCUUUGCUGAAUGAGCCAACCACUACUACAAAGGAUGAGGGCAUUGAUUGCCUGAGACCGGCUACACAGAAUUCCUUCACAAAGAGGGCAGAGGGAAGAGCUGGAUACACCUAGAGCCAUCUGUCUACCGUACAGCAUCACUCACUACCUUACAGCAUUCCUGAGGACUGCGUUUCCCCGGAAACCCAUUGUAUAUUUAUUGUUCCUAUAAGGAAGUUUGUUGCCAAUCAGAUGUAGAUAUUUUUGUUGAAAACUAGAGAUUUCUGCAGUCUUGUCCUGUGAGGACCUUUUGUACCACCCUGCCUUUAUAUGACCAAUGGCUUAUUAACAGUGUAUGUAUCUCUUCUUAGGUUCCACUCCUUGUUACAGAGGAACUGUGCUACAUUGCAGGGCAAUGCACUGUAUAUUCACCUGCAGCUAAAGGAUUAAUGACUCUUAGGAAUUAUUAUUUUUUCUAUAUAAUUAACUCUACUUUUUUAUGGAACUAAUCGUUUAGCUCUGUGUGAUUUGCUAAUAAAUAACCAGACGAAUCGAAUAAA